GCAAUUCUGUGAUCAUAAAAACUAUUUCAUAGCAAAAUAAUGUAGAAGUUAAAUCAGACGUAAGUGUGGUUAGAGCUUGGGGAGUGUUAGCCCAAUGCACUGCUUUAUUGAUAAUGAGAUACUUUAUUAGGUUAACUUUAUUUCAUUUCAAAAAUAGUACUUCAUAGAGACUCAUAAUUAGUUCUGAUAAAAGAUUAAAAAAAAGGCACAGCCUUUAUAAUAAUGCUGGUACAUCUAGUACGUAUAUUAAUGAUUUAUGAUUAAGUGUGAGUUUUAAGCUUUGUAAUUAAAGAUAAUUGCUUUAAUGAGCUUUUCUGUAAUUGUAACAUUAUAUCUAAUACCAAUUAUUACACUUUUUAAAAACCCUGUGGAGAAAAUCUCAGGAACCUUAGUGAGUGCUGCACGUCUCAUUUUCCAUGCAUUGGGUUUAAAUUUGCACCCUCUGAGCCUAAUUUGUUGCUUUCCUUAAUUAAUGUUUUUGCAUGAAAUUUUUCCCUUUUGGUCAUUUGAUACCCUGAUGGAGACUGGUUGUGUAGCUGUUGUCAACAAAGAUCUUGGUGGUGUCAGGUUGAAGAGCCAGUAAGUACCUCCUGGACUGGCAUGCUGAUUGAUUCACACCUUCAGAGCUUUCAGGCAGGCAGUUGUAUUGGGGUAUGGUGGAAAGCUGAUUUGACCAGCCAUGUAACGGGCUGUAUCGCCACUUUCUUUGGUAAUUUUUGUUAUUUCAUGAUUUUAUUUACCAAAAUUGCAGUUUUUAUAGGUCUCUCUGCAGGUGGAAUGCCUCCUGUUCCUCAAGGGGCUCAACAGCUUAGCCAGGAGGGAGACCAACAGCAGAAUGGACCAAACUUGCCAAGUUUGCACAAUUCCUUCCCUGCUCCACACAGCAGGAGCCCAGCUUGUCCUCAGCAGGUACAGCCAGCAGGCUGGGAUGAGAAGCAUGGGGCUGUGGUCCCAGCUCCACUGCCCUCACCACAGCAGAGAAUUCUGUCCAUGUGCCAUCUGGCAGAGUAUUUAAAUUCUGUGAAAUUUCUCACUGAAUCAGCCCUGCACUUCUGAGGAGAUCUAGAGAUACUAUAGGAGGAAAAACAAAAGUUCUCAAGACUGAGUACCACUGCAUCCCAAGCUUCUCUACUGAUUUCUCAUCAUACAGCUGCCCUGUAAAGUCCUGCAGAGACUUUACAUAAAUCUGCACAAAAUGCAUUAUUCAUUAUCUUUUAGCAAAGUGCAACUUCAAACACUGUAGGAUGUUUCCAAGGACUGGGUAAUAAUUGCUGUUGGUUAUCCAUGUAACAUCUUUCACAGUGUCUCAGUCUUGUUUUUGUGUUGUGCAGUAGGAAACAUAAGUUUAAUUAUGUUUACUCGAAGGAAGAUGAAAUUCUGCAGCGAAUAACAGCACUGAGGAAAGAAGGUUUAUGGUCUCUGAAGCGCCUGCCCAAACUCCACGAGGCCCCACGGCACAAAUCACACCAUGAUUACCUCCUGGAAGAAAUGCAGUGGAUGGCAACUGAUUUUGUGCAAGAAAGAAGAUGGAAGAUAAUAACUGCCAGGAGACUGAUUUUAAGUGUAGCUCGUCACCACGAGGAUAUCAUACUUCAUAAGGAAGCAUGCAAGAAAAGAGAAGAGAAGCAACUGAGGGCUGUUGCUGCUUUUACUGCCAGUGCAAUUGAACACUUCUGGUCCACCAUUAAACAGGUGGUAGAUUUAAAACUGCAAGUAGAGCUAGAAGAGAGGAGGAAGAAAGCAUUAAACUUGCAGAAUGUCUCAAGAAAAGAAAAAAGAGACUCUUCAAAUGAGAUCGAGAGCCUUCAGAAGGAGGUGGUGCUUCCAGAUCUUCUCACAUCCACUGUGGAGAAAUCCAUGGCAGAUUUAGCAGGCAUUGCUGCUGCUGCAGGAGCCUUGGUACCCAAAGGCAGUGCUCAAACCACGACAGCAGGAAAAUGGGAUACCCUGUCCUUGCUACGUGGAACUCUUAGGGAGUAUCAGAAGGCUGGACUGGAGUGGUUGGCAAAGCUGUACAAGAUGAACCUCAAUGGCAUUCUGGCUGAUGAGCCUGGGCUUGGAAAAACAGUGCAAGUUGUUGCUUUUUUUGCACAUCUGGCAUGUAAUGAAGGUAACUGGGGUCCUAUUCUUGUUGUCUCAGAAAACUUUAGUGUGCUGAAGUGGGAGGUUGAACUGAAACGCUGGUGUCCUGCUUUGAAAAUUCUUCUGUAUCUUGGGAACCCAGGAGAACUUUUUCAAACUGGGCAGGAAUGGUCUGACCCCAGCAACUUCAAUGUCUGUAUUGCUUCCUGCCAGCAAUUCUUGAAAGAUUAUGAAGCAUUUAUGGAAGUACAGUGGAGGUACCUGGUUUUAGAUGAGAGGCAGAAUGGGAAUGAUCUGACAGAGAAGCACUGGGAUGCAAUAUUCCAUCUCCAGAGUCACCAUCGCUUACUCUUGAUGAAUAAGCCUCUGCCGACUUCCUUAAAAGAUCUGUGGGCCAUUGCCUGUUUCCUGAUUCCAGAGACUUCCCAAUCCUGCGUGGAUCCUGGGAAGGCAGCACCUGUGGAGGAGAACAAAGAGCAUUAUCAGAGAGUUGCAGCGAGGCUGCAGAGGGUGGUGCAGUCCUUUGUUUUGCAGAGGUCCAGAAUUCACGUGGAGAAGCAGCUGCCCAGGAGAUACGAGCACGUGCUCACCUGUGCUCUGUCUCACCGGCAGAAGGCAAUGUGUAAAGACAUCUUGGCUCAGCCAAGAGCUCAGGAAUGCCUCAGAAGCAGGCACGUUGCCAGUGUCCUCCAGGUCGUGGCGCAGCUGCUGAGGGUGUGUGACCACCCUGGGCUGCUCAGGCCCCGCUGCCCACGCUCCUCCUGCGUGCUGGACAGGCUGCAGCUCCCAACGGCCUCUGCAGUGCUGGAUGCAGUGGGAUGGCACCUUUGGAAGCAUGCAGACUGGUCUCUCUUCGAUGUGAUUGGGAUGGAAAACCAAAUUACUUGCUAUGAGGCACAAGUACUGCCAAAACUGAAGGUAACUAGAAAGCUGAUUGAGGAGAUCUACUGCUCCUCUUCAACACUCAGACCUGAGCCAGUGAAGCUCAAACCAAGCAGGUUAUUUACACCAGUGCAGUAUGGACAGAAACCUGAAGGUAGGACUAGAGACUUCUCAAGGUCUCAGUUGCAGCAGACAGUGGACACAGUUACAGCAGAUCAUCAUGAGCAGAUACAAAGACGACAACCCUGUGCCCUGCUUUCAAACCACCAGCGUAGGAAAGCCAGCAAGACUUUACUCGUGGCUUCCACAGCUGCAGCACCAGAGGGGACUGCUGAGACAGACAAGCCUGUGACGUUACAGUUUAGAGGGAAAAUGUUUACUGUGUCCUACAGUCAGUUCUGUCAACUCAUCCAUAGACAGUCUCUGAAGCAUCAAGUGGAUGACCUGAGUACUAAAUCUAAAUCAGCAUCUACACUUUCGUGUCCAACUCAGGGUACCCUGGAAGAAAAAAGACAACUAAAGGAACACCUGGACAAAAUAUAUUCUUGGAAUGAGCGUCGUUGUUCCAGAACCCCCCUGUAUGGCAGAGACCUGUUGGAAACUUGCUCUUGGAUCAGUGAGAGAAAACUCUCUCAGCACUGCUCUGCCAGGAUGAACAAGUGGCGCUGGGCUGGCUUUGCAAACUGCCUUCCCUAUGCCAGCACUCCAGAGGUUCUGCAGGAUCCACUGCAGGAACUCAUUCUGACAGUGAAGCAGCAACAGCUCACCCUGAAGGAUGUUGUUCUGAGAGAUCUGUGCGUGCUGCCAGCUGUGGUUGUUGCUCCUCCACGUUUGUAUCGUGGCCCAUCCUCCUCGCACACACACCCAUGGAAUGAAGCUCUUGAGGUUUAAUCUCAAGGAACAGCUACUUCCCUACUCCCACUCAGUGCAGCAGAUUGCAAGGCCUCGUUUUGUGCAGUUUCCAGAUCCCCGACUGGUGCAGUUGGACUCAGGCAAGAUGGAAGCUCUGGCUGUCUUGCUUCAGAAGCUGAAAGCCAGAGGGGAGCGUGUGCUGAUAUGGACACAGGUGAUUCCAAUGCUUGACAUCCUGGAGCUUUUCCUGAGCCUCCAUCUCCUCACGUACGUAUGAGUUGGUCGGAGUGGUGCUCCCAGCUGGCAUUAUCUGGAAUCCAUAAAAACCUUCAACCAAGACAAGAGGAUCUUCUGUGCCAUCCUUUCUUGCCACACACCCUCCACAGGUGUCAGUCACGUAGAUGUGAAUGCUGUUGUCUUCUAUGACACCGAUUUGGAUCUGCUGGUGGACACAAAGGCUGAGGACUGGUGUGCUAAAAUUGCAAGAGGCAGAGAUAUCCACAUUUACAGGCUUGUAAGUGGUAAUUCUGUCGAAGAGAGGCUGUUGAAAAAAGGUAUGAAACAUUUGAUUCAAGAACUGGCUGCUGAGGGAGAUGAUUGUUCAACAGACUUUUUCUCUCAGGUGGACAAGAGGAUUCUAGAAAGUUUACAGAAGAGACACUGUCUGAGCUAAGAAAUGACAUAGAUUCAGAGCUGGAUGAUACAAGAACCACCAGGGUUCCUUCUCAGCUGGAAGAACAGCUGGCUAGCUUGCUGG